AUGCAACGUAGUAUCUUUCAAAACCGCCUUAGAAGGGCAGAACAAGAGCUGGGGUUCAAUUUCAGCGAAGAAGUGGAAUCAGAGAAUCAGGACGAAGAGGAGCCUAAAGAUAUCACCGGGAAGGUUGCAGGAGUUGUACAUUCCAAAGAUGUCAGAGACUCCACAAAAGAGACCAGCCAGUACCCCAAAUGGAGUACCGUUUUCGACGAGAACGAUAUAUUCUGCAACAACGAGGGAUACUCCUUUCAGACAUACUUCAAAAAACCUAUAUUACAAGAUGGCGAUACGCCAAUAGUGUUUAUUGGACAUCACGGCGCUGGAUCAAGUGGGUUGACGUUUGGGGAGCUGUGCAAAUCGGUUGUUUCCAAUACAAGGAAUGGAUACAUAUCCAAGCCCGGAUUCUUCACCUUCGAUUUUAGAGGACAUUCUAUGACCAACUUGUUGAAUGCAGAUGAUGAGGGAAACUACAGGAUGGAUAUAGACACGCUCGUUGGUGACUUCAAGUUUAUCAUUGACCACUUCUUGGCGAAAUUCAAGGAUAGGUACUCCAGCAAGAUACACCUCUUCAUUAUUGGCCACUCUUUGGGUGGAUCGGUUGCAAUCAAGCUGUUGAGAGACCACCAAUUCGAUGACGUGAAAGGCCUUGUUAUUGUUGACAUUGUCGAAGAAACAGCCAUCCAUUCCUUAGAUGCAAUGGAUUCGUAUUUGAAUAAGUUACCAAAGUCUUUUCAAACAUUGGAAAUGGCAAUCAAUUGGUACGUCAAUCAGGGACUAAUCAAUAAUUCACAAAGUGCAAAACUAAGUAUACCCUCUUUGCUAAAACACAACCAGAAUGGGAGUUGGGAAUUCAUAGUUGACUUGAGAAAGAGCAAACCGUAUUGGAAUGACUGGUUCAAAGGCAUCUCCAACGAUUUCGUCACCUUACCUAAUCGUAUCUCAAAACUGUUGGUUCUGGCGAAUAAUGAUUAUUUGGAUAAACCUCUAAUAAUUGGCCAGAUGCAAGGAAAAUAUCAACUAAUGGUGUUUUACUCAGAUACCAACUUGAGUAAUUUCUUGACUACCUCAACGACGGUCAUCAGUGACUCAAUGAAAAUUGGACAUUUUAUCCACGAAGACGUGCCUAACAAGUUUACAAAAGCCCUACUCCAGUUCGUCGAAAGAAAUGAUCUGAGCUUCCGUAGGAAUGAUGAAUCAAAUUCACAAUUACAACUUAUAAAUAAACUAAAUGCAAAAUGGAACGCUCACAAAAAAUAA